AUGGUGCAGCGAGUAGCUACAGACGAGCGUCCAUUCGAAUCGCCCUCGUCUGAAGAGAGCGGCUUGGGCCGAAGCGACUCUCCCAGCGAUGAUUCGGAGCCAGAAGCAGCAUUGGUGGUUCCUCCAGACGGUGGUUGGGGCUGGGUAGUUGUAGCAGCGUCAUUUAUGUGUAAUUUCGUCGUUGAUGGUAUUAUUUUCUCAGGAGGAAUGCUACUGACGCCGAUACAAAAGGAAUUCAACGCCAGUAGCGGACAAGUGGCACCAGUAAAUUCAUUACUAGCUGGAUUUUACCUCUUGGCUGGUCCCUUCGUUUCAGCGUUAGCCAACAAAUAUGGUUUCCGGGCGGUAACAAUCGUUGGCAGUUUAAUAUCCAGCGCCGCAUUCGCUCUCUCCUAUUUCGCUACAAGUGUCGAGUAUCUUUAUCUCGUUUAUGGAGUCGUGGGAGGUAUAGGAUUCUGUAUGAUCUAUAUGCCGGCGGUUCUCACGGUGGGCUUUUACUUCGAGCGGUGGCGCGCUCUAGCGACCGGCCUCGCUCUGUGCGGGUCGGGCGUCGGGACGUUCGUGUUUGCACCACUAACUAACAUACUGAUCAAGCGCGUGGGAUGGAGGGUUACACUAGUUAUACAUGCAGGUUUCGUCCUGCUGUGCAUUAUAUUCGGAGCUAUGUUCAGACCAAUAAACCCAGUCCGUGUGACCUUAGCGGACGAACAAGAGGAAGACACUACUCGUAGACAUGAGGAAGCAGUGGAGAAACUAAACUCCAUGCUUAAACUCCACAAUAAACUUGACUCCGGUAUAUCAAUGCCUCCAGAAAUGAGAUUCACAAAUAAAGUCAGUCCACAUACUUGGAUGGGAGUGGCAAAUAACACUAGAUAUCCAACUGCAGAGGAAAUUUUCAAAGGAUCAAAUUCACAUUUAACCAGACGAUCCUCUGCGACUGCUUCUACUUUAAAAAAUCAGAAUAAACCAUUCCAUUUCAUCGCAACACCCGUCGCUGAGAACGAUGAACAAGAAGAUUCUAACAGUAAUAACGCAGAACCUCUGAUUGCAGAAUCAGUUAAAGUUGUUACCAAUAACAACAGACGUUCUAAUGUAGAUUUAGUAGCGAGACCCUUCUAUAGGGACGACAUUUUCUUUGGAGGCAGUUUGGCUAGAUUACCCCAAUAUACAUCUAGAACGUCGUUGGGAUACCAUUUACACGUAACACACGUGCCAACCCAGGAAGAGAAACGUGAAGAAAUUUCUGGAAAAUGCAAGUUAUGCCCCGAAGCAGUGAAACGCGCUUUAGCAACCAUGUUGGACGUCAGUUUGUUCAGAUCACCUACAUUUGUUAUAUUGGCAAUUAGCGGUUUCUUCACAAUGCUCGGAUUUUUCGUGCCGUUCAUGUACGUGAAGGAAAGGGCGGAAUUGAAUGGUGUUAGUGAAUCCAGUAGUUUGAUGUUAGUGUCAGCGAUAGCAGUGACGAAUAUAGUCGGUCGUAUCGCGUGUGGUUUAGUGUCGUCUAUGCCUAAAGUAUCGCCCUUAUGGUUAAAUAACAUAGCGUUAUCUGCGGGAGGAAUAGCAACGAUAAUGAGUGGACUCUCCUACCAUGAUGUGUUCCAGUUCUCGUAUUGCGGAGUAUUUGGAUUGGCUAUUGCUUGUUUCGCAUCCCUUCGAUCUAUUCUUGUCGUGGAAUACAUCGGUUUGGAGCAACUCACGAAUUGCUUUGGACUUUUCUUACUUUUCCAAGGCUUUGGCGCUUUAUUGGGUUCGCCUAUUGCUGGUGCCCUUAUGGAUUUAACCAAGAGCUACGAUAUUUCCUUCUACGUGUCAGGCGGUUUCCUUCUCUUGUCAGCUCUUAUGUGUUACCCGGUAGAUUUUAUAAGUCGAUGGGAAAAAUCUAGAAAUAAAUUGGCUGCGUCACCUAAUGUG